CCCUAUGUGGCCCACGGCUUACAUGCACCAGAGUGCUAUGGAUUGUAACCUCGUGGGAAACCUGAAUUUUCCAAACCCUGCUCAAGGUCCGACAACAAUGUGGGCACCCAUGCAUACAGGGAAUACUUCUUCCCAAUCUUCCAUGAUUCCGGCCUCUCAAUCAGCUAUGUACUGGAAUCAUUAUUUGAAUUUUGUGAGGAAUCCUCUUGGGCCACCAGAAGUUAACCCAUUUCCUGAUUGCAUUCCACCAUCCAAUACCAGUACACCAUUGCAGGGUUCCAAUACUAUACCUUCCAUACCUGUGAAUUUGGACUCAGAUGCAGAACAUAGUGUUCAAGACAUCAAUAGUCCUGAAAAGAAUGCACCUCCAAUACAAAAACCCAAAAAGGCUAAGGAACAAAACUUUACUAGCCCUGAAGAUCUUCUACUUUGCACAACCUGGUUGCAAAUUAGCAGUGACCCUGUUGUGCACACUGGGCAACGUAGGGAGGGCCUUUGGGCUAGAAUUGAAAAAAGAUACAACGAACAGAGGGGGAACUUUCCUUGCCGAGUGAACAGAGCGCUUAGCAGCAGAUGGGAUAAGAUAAGAGCAGAUGUAAGUAAGUUUGCUGGCUACUAUGCAAGAGUUCUUAGAGAGAAACAAAGUGGGUUAACUGAUGACGACAAGACUUCGAAGGCCGCAACAUUAUUUGCACACGAGGAGAACAAAAAUUUCCAGUACAUGCAUUGCUGGCACCAACUAAAGGGAGAACCGAAAUGGGAGAGCAUUUGUAGUGGCCAAUCGUUCCGCGGAUUGAAUGCAAAUCCAGUUGGGUCAACAGGUACUCCGUCUGCUCCGACAACUGAAAAUGAUAGUUCAUCAGCAGGGUUGACAGGAAAACGGCCGCGUGGUCGUGAUUUCAGUAAAUCAGAGAGAAACAAACCUGCAUCAUCUUCAUCUCCAGAGUACCUUAGCCGUUUGCAAGAAAUAACUGAAAAACAAAUUCAGAGGUCCAUUGAAAAGGGUGCAAAAAAAGAGAAGUGCACAGAAGAAGACAGGGAAAUGGAGAAAAAGAGGUUAGAAUUGGAAGCCGAAAAGGUCAUCAUACGAAAAAGGGAAUUGAAACUUCAAGAACUAGAAUCUGCUGAAAAAAGAUUACAAAGGCUGGAGGCAACGAAUGAAGAAGAUGUCCAACCCCAUGUUUGGAUUAUGAUACAAAAACAAAAACAGAAGUUGCAAGAAUUCAUAUUUGGUUACGAGUGAAACAUUUAUUCGGUUACUGGUAACUUGCACUUGUUUUACUGAACCUGUUUGUAUUAUUUGUUUAUGUGAGAACGUUACAUUUGUUUGGCAGACCAUUAUAAUAUUUGUACGAACCAUAAGUCGUCAAGGACAGUCGUGCAGUGCUGUUUGUUCUAUGGUGGUGUAAUCGACAAUAAUUAUUUCCAGUU